AAAACCAGUUGUGUCCUAGUGCGCAAACAAUCCACACAGUACGGUAAAGGUUCGGCAUCUCUGACGUCAUGGUUUGUAUUUGUAAAACCUCCCGGGUCCAAAUCUGAUUCAAGAAGAAUACUUACACCAGCGUAACCAACUCCGCAGGGAUGCCCGAGGAGUGUCAUCUGCGUUCAGUUACUUAACAUAGAACCCUGGGGUAAGUUGACGCGGAGGACAGCGUUUGGCGAACCGGAUAUAGCACUUGUUGCAACCUCGUCUGCUUAAGUGAGGGAGAAUAUGGCUCAGGCCAAUAUUUCGGUGACGGAAAGUCAGUUCAGAUGUCCAAUUUGCUUGGACAUACUGAACGACCCGGUGUCCAUACCGUGCGGUCACACGUAUUGUAUGAUCUGCAUGAACAGCUACUGGGACCAAGCGGACUCGGGACCGUACAGCUGUCCCCAGUGCCGAGAAGCGUUCAGUCCGCGACCGGUUUUGCGCAGGAACACCGUCCUCGCAGAAGUGGUGGAAAAACUGAAGGUGAACGACGCGCUGCACUCUGCCGCGCCCGAGUUCUACCGAGGCGGAGUGGGCGACGUGCCCUGUGACUUCUGCCCUAUCGACGGCAAGCUAAAAGCUGUCAAGUCCUGUUUGGCAUGUCUGGCCUCGUACUGCGAGCUCCACGUCGCCCCGCACCGAGAAGUGGGGACGCUCCGGCGGCACAAGUUGGUCGCCGCGAUAGACAACCUCGCCGACAGGCUAUGCGCCCAGCACAGGCUCGGUCUGGAGGGCGGCGGCUGCGAUACCGACGCGACCGAAUGGAGCGGGGACUGUUUGCUUUGCGAAACGGACCAGGAGGAGUUGCAUCACAUAGACACGCAGAGAGCCAGGAGGCAGGCUCAGCUGCAGGAUGCCCAGAGGACGGUACAGCAGCGGAUGCGCAAUGGAGAGAGGGAGCUGGAGGAGUGCCAACAGACCCUGGAGACCCUCAAGUCCUCAGCAUCGUCAGCACGUGAGGCUAGCGAGGCCCUGUUCCUGGAGCUGGUGCAGCGGGUGGAGCGCGCGGGGCAGGAGGUGCACGCUCGGCUGGAGGCGCGGGAGCGGGCGGUGGUGGGCCGCGCCGAGAGGGAGGCCGAGGAGCUGCGCUCAGAGCUGGAGGAGCUCCGGAGGCGGGAACAGGAGAUGGCCGAACUGAUGCUGACCGAGGACAGCGCACACUUCCUACAGACGGUGCCCCUGCUAUGCAUCCUCCCUGCCAGUGGGAGGCGCCCUAGAGCGGCCGGAGGCGGCAUGGCUACGGCGGAGUGCUUCAGUGCCACGCGCCGCGCCCUGUGCCACCUGAGGGCUCGCAUGGAGGAGCUGUGUGCCGAGGAGGUGGACAAGAUCAGCCGCGCCGGUGAGUUAGAGAGACAGACAGACACACAGGCAGAUAGGCACAUAGACAGACAUUCAAUGAAUGACAGUUCAGCAAAUGCAGCCUGCAGUGAUCAGAAAGCUCGCGGCUAUAGUGUGUGGCACAUCAGAAAUACAGACAGCCAUUCCCAAUCAGUGUCACUGCCUAUGGCGUUUCCGUUCUCCUCCCUGGCUCUCCACUCCUCGUCGGACCAGCGCACGAGGUCGACCUUCCUGAGGUACGCCUGCCGCCUGACUCUGGAUGCAGACACAGCUCACCCCACUCUCUUCCUCAUGGACAGUCCUCAGGGGGCCCAUUGCGGCGAGGAGCCCCAGGCCUACCCUCCGCACCCCCUGCGCUUUGACAGCGUGGCACAGGUGCUGUGCAGGGAGGGCCAGUUUGGCGACGCCAGCUACUGGGAGGUGGAGUGGCAGGGCGGCGGCUGGGUGGACGUGGGCGUCACCUACCGGGCCAUCGGCCGCAAGGGCGGCGGCAAGCCCUGUCUGCUGGGCCGCAACGACAACUCCUGGCGGCUGCGCUGCACGCACGCCGGCUACGCCGCCUGGCACGACAACCGCAAGAUCACGGUGGCGGCCGAGCCCAGCCCGCGCAUCGGCGUCUUCCUGGACCGCCACCGGGGGGAGCUCUCCUUCUACCGGCUGGGGGAGACGGUGAUGCUGCUCCACACCUUCCGCUGCCACUUUACCCAGCCGCUGUACCCGGCCUUCCGGCUGGACCUGGACUCCACGCUGCUCAUCUGUCCGGUGGAGAGGGGCAACGGGGACUCCUCCACCACCUGACCCAACGUUUUGUCUGACCCCUUCGGUUGUUGGUCCACCAUCUCCACAGACCACAUCAUCUGAGGUCCCCCAAACCCAAAACAGUUUCCUCCAUCCCCCAACAGUUUAUGCUAUGGAAACUCCUUGUCCACAUGACCAACAUGUUUUUUUUAAGAUAUUGUUUUGGUCUUUCUGACUUUAUUCAUGAUAGUACAGUGCAGAUGGUGACCGUAAGCGAGGUGGGAGGUUGGCAAAGGACCCAGGCCGGGAAUUGAACCCGGGGCGGCCGCAUAGCAAAAGAGUGCCCUACCAUUUGCGCCACAGUAGGACCAACAUUUUUGACCCCUUUGGUUCUUGGUCCACCAUCUCCAAAGUCAAUUUCCUGUCAACUUCCCCUGACAGUUUAUGCUCCAUGCUCCCCCAUCACGUCCCCUUCCACCUUGCAAUAUGGGCAAUGGGACCUCCUGACCCAACGUUUUUGACCCUUUUGGUUGUUGGUCCACCAUCUCCUCAGACAGUUUCCUUCAUCACCUGACAGUUAAUGAUUCCCACCCCCUCAUCCCUUCCCCUUCCAUCUUGCAAUAUGGGCCAUGGGAACUCCUCUUGACCACCUGACCAAAGUUUGACCAAACUCCUUGGUUCUUCUCUCCUUCUUUUCCAGUGCAGACAGAGUUGUUCUCUCUCUCUCUCUCCUUGCGUCCCGAAACAUCCCCAAACUUUCUUCUCCACGUAAUGCACAAUGUUCCACUAGUGGAACACUUCACUAUUUGCUGGAAUAGAAUGUUACUUACUACCAGAGUACUACACUACUCAG